UUAUACAAUUUUUUUAUUCGUGGAUGCAAUGAGUAUCUUGUGAUUCCGGAACAGCUCUGUUUGCUCUUCACUUUUACCUUCAUGAACGCGUACAGUCAUUGUCAAAGGUCUCCUUGUCGUACGACGAUGCUACAAAAUCAUUUUGUUUUCCAAUAUCUGUUUUUUUCUUGCAUUAUUUAUUUUGGAUCUUAGGAGUAGUAAGUAAACACAGCACCUCAGGUUUUUUAUUUUGGCAGAUAUACAUGUUUUUUGUUACACAAAUAUUUUGUAUCUUUGCUUGAAGGAUAAGCAUAAUAGGUUAUUUGAAGAUUUGGUGUAAUGGGGUUCAUUCAGCUGCUUUCUGUUGCCUCUUUCCCGGUGAUAAAAGUGUUGCUGGUUACUGCAAUUGGCUUGUUUCUUGCACUGGAUGACAUAUCAAUAUUGGGAGAAGAUUCAAGGAAGAAAGUGAAUCAGCUUGUGUUUUACGUGUUUAAUCCGUCGCUUGUGGGUAGCAAUCUGGCCAAAACGAUAACUUUUGAGAGUAUUGUUCAGUUGUGGUUCAUGCCGUUGAAUAUUCUUUGCACAUUCAUACUAGGCUCGGCCUUGGGAUGGAUUUUGAUUAAAAUGACAAGGCCUCCGAAACACAUGGAAGGUUUAAUCUUGGGUUGCUGUUCUGCUGGAAAUUUAGGGAACUUGCUUAUAGUCAUUAUUCCAGCUAUAUGUAAAGAGAGUGGCAAUCCUUUUGGAGACUCUGAUGUCUGCUAUCAAUAUGGGAUGGCUUAUGCUGCACUUUCUAUGGCGAUUGGAGCAGUUUUUAUAUGGUCAUAUGUUUACAACAUCAUGAGGAUUUCCUCUAGUAGAAUUCAAAAAGAAGACAAUACAGGCAAUGGCAUUAACAUAUUGAAGGCUUCAGCGGAAGCAUCAGAGUCACGCACAGACAAUUUUUCAGAAACACUUAAUCCUACAAAAGACGCCACGGAUGAUGCAUAUACCUUAUUGCUUCCUCAUGCAAAACCAGAGGAAAAAGUUUCAAUCUCAAGAAAAAUUAAGCACCACUUGGGGGUGAUUUCAAGCAACUUAAAUUUCAAAGCCAUGUUUGCGCCAUCAACACUUGGAGCCAUUGCCGGAUUUAUCAUUGGUGUAAUCUCCCCAAUGCGUAAUUUCAUUAUAGGAAGUAGUGCUCCGCUUCAUGUGGUUGAAGAAUCUGUGUUCAUGUUGGGUGAUGCAGCUGUCCCCACUCUCACUCUUAUAAUGGGAGCAAACCUACUUAAAGGUUUGAAAGGAUCAACUACUCCAGUGUGGACCGUUGUGGGAAUUGUAGCUGUUCGCUAUAUUUUCCUGCCUCUUUUGGGCGUUGCAGUUGUCAAAGGGGCCAUACACUUUAGUUUGGUGCAUUCAGAUGCCUUGUAUCAGUUCGUGCUUCUACUUCAAUAUGCACUUCCGCCUGCCAUGAAUAUAGGCACCAUUGCUCAAUUGUUCGGAGCUGGCGAAAGUGAAUGUUCUGUGAUCAUGCUUUGGACAUAUAUUUUGGCGGCAGUAGCAGUUACCCUUUGGUCAACUUUCUUCAUGUGGCUAGUGUUAUGAUUUUAUUAAUAUUGCUAUUGUCAUUAUAUUUUUUUAUUUGAGUAUUUUAUUAUCUAAAACCCACGUAAGAUCUCAAUUGACUACUUAAGUGGAUAGUAAAAUCUGUUAAACACCUAAAAUUUCAUUAGAAAUAAAUAAAUUUUAAGAACUC